GUGGGCUGGCAGCUGAAGAACCUGGUAAACUCUUUACGCAGCAAUCCUGCGGGUGUGACCCUCACGCUAAAGAAACGACCUCAAAGUACUCUCACGUCAGCCCCAGCCUUACUCAAGAACAUGAGAUGGAAGCCCCUCGCCCUGCAGCCCAUCAUUCCUCCCAGCCCCAGCAGUGGUGUGGCCACACCAUCAAGCACCCUCAGCACCCCAUCCAGACGGGACAGCUGCACUCUACAGGACCUCUUCAUCCCCCCUCCCCCAGAUGACCCAUACACACCCAGAGCCAACAUAGGAAAUCUUACCAGCAACUGCCAGCAGGCUGCUAAAGGUUCUGAUUCGCCCAAUUCCUUCCUGGAUCAGGAGUGCCGGAGGCAAUUCCCCCUGUUAGAUGAGGAUGCGGUCCUGUACUGUUACGAGUAUGAUCAGAAUCAGGGCCCUCCACCCUUACACAGGGACAGCACUACUACAUAUGGACGGCUGAGGCCUAUUUCCAUGCCUGUAGAAUAUAACUGGGUUGGAGACUAUGAAGAUCCCGCCAAGCUGACAAAAGAGAUCAGAAGAGAAAACUCCCUGCUGCGAUAUGUAAGUGAGGACAAGGCAGGGACAGAGGAGUACCACACUGGACGUCGCAGUAGUCGGCGUAGUAGAAGGAAAAGUGAGAAAGUUGCUAGCCCCGCCCACUACGCCCUAGUCCCCACCCUGCAGCAGGACUCGCUGGCCACACCCACAUCUGAAACCUCAUCUGUCUAUCUUACAUUUGAUAGAUCGUCCAUACUUUCCCGGUCUAAGAAAGUGAAGUUAAGAGCUGGAUCCCUGCCCUCCAUUAGUAAGCGGCGAAUCUCCUGCAGAGACUUGGGUCAAGGUGAUUGUGAGGGUUGGCUCUGGAAGAAGAAGGAUGCAAAGAGUUACUUCUCUCAGAAAUGGAAGAAAUACUGGGUUGUGCUGAAAGAUGCCUGCCUAUACUGGUACACCAAUGAAGAGGAUGAGAAGGCAGAGGGCUUUGUCAGCCUACCUGAGUUCAACAUUGAUCAGGCCAACAAAUGUCGCAAAAAGUUUGCUUUUAAGGCUUGCCAUCCUAAAAUCAAGAGCUUCUACUUUGCUGCGGACAACAUGGAUGAUAUGAAUAGGUGGCUCAGUCGACUGAACAUGGCGGCAACAGCUCACUCGGAGCAGAAGAGGAUUCGACAGGAUCAUGAUUACUGGAGCGAGAGUGACCACGAGGACGCUGAUCAGAUGUCCUCAACACCCAAACAGGAUAGCCCUCCACCUCCAUAUGACACUUACCCUCACUCCACCUCAGCAAGUCCGUUCCAGGAGUCCCAACAUAUCCGCCCACCCUCCACAGAGACCAUCCAGUCCCGCUCUCCCCUCUCCGAGACACAUGGGGGCAGCGUGAGCAGUGCCAGCUCCCCUGGCCGAAAGUCUGCUAGCCAGCGGCGUUCAUGGCAGGACCUCAUCGAGACACCCCUCACCAGCUCUGGCCUCCAUUUCCUCCAGACUCUGCCAUUGGAUGACUCCGUGUUUGUCGACCCCAGUCGAUCCAUGCCCGUCGAGCUCCGCCGCCAGUCGACACUCCCUGCCCAGCACGGGCUGCCGCCAGAACACUACAUCCAACCCACUACACCCACCCAGCCCAGCCAAAAGCCCAUCACAGCUGUAGGAAGAGUAGAAGGUGGUGGAGUAGGAAGCAAGCACCGCAGUUUCACCUUGCCCCGUGACAGUGGUCUUCAUGCCAUCCUGGCUGCCACCAACACAGCUGAACACACAGAUGCACAGUGCUACCACCUGGGACGGGCCCAUGCCAGACACACAGGUCCAGAGCGGGAGCGCAGGCACCAGGCUGACUCGUUGGUGGAUUUGUACAGGGCUCUGGAGAGGACUAAUCUAUCACCUGUCAAUGAGCACAGGUCCUCUUCUCGAUUAGAGUACAAGCGAUCAUUCGUCCACCGCUGCAAUGAUCCGUUACUUAAUGAAAAGCUGCACCGCCUGCGAAUCCUUCAGAACUCAUUCAAGGACAUCCCACUUCAAGAGGCAGAGACUAAGAUCAUCCAUCGGGAUGUGUAGCCAGAGAUGGAGAGACACAGCACCAGUCAUUUCAUAUCUGCUAUAAAAAAAGAUUCGCUCUCUUUCCCUGGAGGGUUCAUCUUAGUAUCUUUUAUCAAACAUCUACAUCUUUCCUAAGAAAUAUUUCUCACUCUUUGACUCUUGUUGUUUUUUGUUGCAGCAUUCACAAUUGUCCUCUCAUUGCACUCACUCACUUUCUUUGCUUUGUUAUUGCACAUGAUAUUGGCAUUAUUUUGUAUGUAAACUUCUUUUCUUUUGAAUGAUUUGUGUUUGUAAUAAUGACUUUGGCCUCCAUCAGAGACCAAAUAACUGCACUUCCAAUUAACUCUAUCCUACAGCAGUCUGUCAUGACUGAAAAACAAAUUUAGGGAAAGAAUAAAACUACUGAUGUAGAAAUCUGAUUUGCAUGGCCAUUGUCUGGUUAAUAGAUUUUCUGUUUGUGAUGUUUCUUAACUGAGAGUGUUAAUUCCAGUUUGACAGGAUGCAAUGAUUGCGUGUCUGUGUGUGGUUGUGUGUUGAAAGCCUUGGUUUGUUGUAAAUAAUGUAUGUUGUAAUAUUCUGACCGUUUGCACCCUAGCAGCAAGGUUCUUGCAAUAAUGUUGAACUAAAACGAUUAGUUUAACACUGUCUAUUUUUGUAAGCAUGAUAUUUAUUGAGAUGUUUGUACAUCGUUUUGUAUGCUCAAAUAUGUUUUAUCUGAAGAUAACUGCAGGCGUAAAUUCCUUUUCAUGUGUUCCUGAAAGAUCUUUAACAAAAUGAAACUUUCAUGUGAAAGUGCCAGUGUUCUAGUAUCUCCAAAAAAGUAAUUUUAUCAAUAAAUUGUUUGAUGUUUUGA